AGGGAUUAUUGGUGGGUCUUAUGCAUGCUGGAUUGUGUUGCUUCUGUACUGGAGGCCUUAUAGUGUUCUUACCUUACCCAGGAGGAUACAGACAGAUCAGCAGUGACUCCAGAUUAACCCAUUUUCUGACCCUCAGAUGCUAUAGGCCCAUCUACAUCUGUUCCACAAUGGUUGUUCCUGAAUCUCAUGACAAAAUGUACUACCCUCCUGAUGACAUAAAGAGGGAUGCUCAUGUGCCUGAUUUUAACGCCUAUCUGGCACUGUACAGGAAGUCUCUUGAGAAUCCAGAAGCUUUCUGGAAAUCGACUGCAGAUGAGUUCUUUUGGAAGGAACCAGGAACAGGACCGCUGAUGCAGUACAACUUUGAUGUGACAAAAGGGAACAUUUAUGUCAAAUGCAUGGAAGGGGCCAAAACCAACAUGUGCUAUAACGUCCUGGACAGGCUUGUGAAGGAGAAGAAUCUUGGUGAAAAGGUUGCCUAUUACUGGGAGGGGAACUCAUCUGAUCACCACAUGACCAUCACCUACCGCCAGCUGCUGAGCCAGGUCUGCCGCUGUGCUAAUGUCCUCAAGCAAAUGGGUGUAAAAAAGGGAGACAGGGUGUCGAUCUACCUUCCCAUGAUCCCAGAGCUGGUCUACACUAUGUUGGCCUGUGCAAGGAUAGGCGCUGUUCACUCCAUUGUGUUUGCAGGUUUUUCCUCCGAGUCUUUGUGUGAGAGGAUUAUGGAUGCUCAGAGCAGCGUCCUGGUGACAGCAGAUGGUGUUUAUAGAGGAGAGAAGCUGAUCAACCUGAAACAGAUUGUGGCCGAGGCGCUGGAGAAGUGUAGGGAAAAAGCCUCAGCCAGUGUCACUAAAUGCCUUGUCGUCAAGCACCAAGCACUGAGGACAAAAAGCGGAGCUGCAUGCAACAAACUACAGACCCCCUGGGACGCAAAGUGUGAUGUGUGGUGGGAUGAGGCGAUGAGAGACUCUCCUGAAGAGUGUGAACCCGAGUGGCUGGACGCUGAGGACCCACUGUUUAUCCUUUACACCAGCGGCUCCACCGGCAAACCCAAGGGAGUUCUCCACACUGUUGCCGGGUACCUGCUAUACACUUCGCUGACCUUCAAGUAUGUUUUUGACCAUCACCAUGACGACGUGUACUGGUGCACCGCCGACAUCGGCUGGAUCACAGGCCACUCCUACAUCACCUACGGCCCCCUUGCGAACGGUGCAACAAGUGUCCUGUUUGAAGGUAUUCCAGUCCACCCUCAUGUCGGCCGGUUCUGGGAGAUCAUUGAGAAGUACAAAGUCACCAAGUUCUACACAGCUCCUACAGCCAUCCGCCUGCUGAUGAAGUAUGGACGGGAACCGCUGCAGAAGUAUGACCUCUCCAGCCUGAGGAUUCUGGGUACUGUUGGUGAGCCGAUCAACCCAGAGGCGUGGCAGUGGUACCACGAGGCCGUCGGUCAGGGCAGAUGUCCCGUGGUCGACACUUUCUGGCAGACAGAAACUGGAGGUCAUGUUUUGACUCCUCUGCCUGCUGCCACACCGCUAAAACCAGGUUCUGCUACCUUUCCUUUCUUCGGGGUAGAGCUCGCAAUCCUCAACGAACACGGAGAGGAAUUGGAAGGCGAGGCUGAGGGUUAUCUCGUAUUCAGGAGGCCCUGGCCUGGCAUAAUGCGCACUGUGUACAGAAACCACGAACGCUUUGAGAACACCUACUUCAAGAAAUUCCCGGGCUUCUAUGUAACUGGUGAUGGCUGCAGGCGGGAUAAAGACGGCUAUUACUGGAUCACAGGAAGAAUGGACGACAUGCUGAAUGUGUCAGGCCACCUGAUGAGCACAGCGGAGGUGGAGGCAGCUCUGACGGAGCACCCGGCUGUGGCGGAGGCUGCGGUGGUGAGUCGGCCUCACAAGGUGAAGGGCGAGUGUCUCUACUGCUUCGUCACCCUCAAAGACAGCAGGGAGUUCAACUGCACACUGGUGGAGGAGCUGAAGAGACUGGUGAGAGAGAAAAUUGGACCAAUCGCCACGCCGGACUUCAUCCAAAAUGCUCCAGCACUCCCAAAAACUCGCUCAGGGAAGAUCAUGAGGCGAAUCCUCCGGCAGAUCGCACGCAACGAGAAGGAUCUGGGCGACCUUUCGACCCUGGCCGACCCGAUGGUGGUGGAAGUGCUGUUCAGCCAGAGAUGUGAAGCUGCUGCCUGAACACACACCUCACACCUUUCUUUCUUCUUGCUAUGCAGCGGUACGGAUGAUCACAAACUGCUGGUUCUGGAUCAGCGUCUGGGUGUUUGUGUGCACUCUUUGGGACUGAAUGAAGGGGCUGGGAUCAGAAAAAUUAUACCGCUGACACUGAGACAUUUAAAAUGGUUAUGUGGAGAAAAAGAUAAUAGAAAACAAGUGAAAAAGUCAAAUCAAAUGUCAUUAGUGCCAUUUGGUGCCAUAUGAUACGUCUUUUAGUUCCAUGUCUCAUCGUAAUUCUUGAAACAGAAAAGUCAGCUUUGCACAGCUUGUUUUUGACUGACGACUGAUGUAUAUUUUUAAUAUGUGAUAGGCUACAUUUCCAUGACCCGGGAAUAAAGUGUUUAAUCUGUUUG